AUGUCGGUUCAACUCGGCGUCUCGGGCGUGCCCGUCAUCCCUCAAGGGACGGCAUAUGGCCUCCUUAUUGGGUUGGGAGUGGCCUUUUGUGGUGUCAUUCUCAUUGCAAUCAAGGUGCAACGAGCCUACCUGUCCGAAGACUCGUCGACAUCAGAGAUGUUUAUGGUCGCCAAUCGAUCCGUGGGUAGAGGUUUAACAGCAUCGGCGGUGUUUUCAUCGUGGAUGUGGAUCAAUGAAACCGUGUUUUCAGCUGCCUUUUGUUAUAAGUUUGGACUGGCUGUCCCAUUUUGGUGGGCUACAGGGCUGUGCUUCCAGAUUGCCUUGAUGGCAGCUCUUGGUGUGUUGGCCAAAAUUCGCGUGCCGUAUGCCCAUACGUCGCUGGAGAUCAUUCGCAUGCGGUACGGCAAAAUCGGUCAUGUGGUCUUCAUCAUCCUUAACAUCACCAACAACGUCUUUGGAUGCGCGUCAAUGAUCCUGACAGGAUCACAGCUCAUAUAUGGCGUAUCUGGGAUGCAUUUUGUCGCGGCUACCAUACUGAUCCCACUAGGAGUGGUUCUAUAUACAGCAGUAGGUGGCCUCAAGGCCACCUUCUUGACGGAUUAUCUCCAUACCGCUAUUGCCUUGAUCCUCAUCAUCUACUUCACCUUGACAACUCUGACCCACGAGGCCGUAGGCGGUCUUGGAGGAUUAUAUGACAAGAUCAUGGCAACCGCCUCGGAAAACAUGAUUCCUAGGAACUAUGAGGGAUCCUUGCUUACCAUGAAGUCGGUCGAUGCAAUCAUCUGGGGACUGAUCCUGAAGUUUGGCAAUCUCGCUCUCGUCGUCAUGGAUACGGCAUUCUGGCAAAAGUCUUUUGCUACAGAGGUCAAAGCUACCGUGCCUGGAUAUAACAUCGCCGCCGUGGCUAUAUUCGGCAUCCCCUGGGGCCUUGGUACUGUCAUCGGUCUGACCGCCAGGGCCAUUCACAAUACUCCGAUCUUCCCGACCUAUCCCGGAGAAUUUUCCCCGAGCCUAGUGAAUGCAGGCUUGGUGAUGCCGUACACCAUCAAGGCCUUGAUCGGCGACAAGGGCAUCAUUGCUUUUUUUGUUCUCUUGUUCAUGGCUUUGACAAGCACUGUCUCUUCGUCCAUGAUUGCUGUUAGCAGCAUCAUUUCGUUUGAUCUCUACAAGACAUACAUCAACCCGAAGGCGACUGACAAGAGACUGAUGAAAGUUAGCCAUCUUGCCGUCGUGUUCCACACUAUUUUCAUCACUGGCAUAUCACUGGCACUUAACUACGGCGGUGCUGAUAUGACAUGGAUUGGCUAUUUCAGGCCUAUUCUUUCUUGCCCUGGCAUCAUACCUCUAGGACUGACACUCGGCUGGUCGAAGCAGACGCGAUUAGCAGCAAUUGCGUCGCCAAUUUUGGGUUUCCUUACAGGCCUCAGCGUGUGGCUGGCCACGGCCAAGUCCAUGUAUGGGACGAUCAGCAUUGCAACCACGGAAGCGAGUUUCCCGGCUCUCUAUGGUGCGAUUGCUUCCUUCUUCUCUCCGGCUCUUUAUUCGGUAGUUAUCUCGCUGUACAAGCCAGAGUCGUUUGACUGGAGACGGUUUCUGCUUAUCGAGCUGGCUGAAGCACCAAAGGCUGAUGAGAGCGAAUCGUCAACCACGCCAAGCGACGACGAGAAGGAGAACAAGGCUGAGACCGGGCCAAGCGAGUCGAAAGGGAAUGGCAUCGUGAUUUCGGAAUCACCAAGCGAGAAUACGUCUGUGCUUGCUUCCGAUGCUGAGAAGGCGGAUGCCGUCAGGGUCAGAGAAAGACAGACUGUCAGCUUGUCAGCAAGUGGUGACAACAACUCACUUGACCUCGAUAAUGUGCAGCAUCCCUUUACCGAGGAGACGCUGCAGGAGCUACGCCAUUGGUAUCGCAUAGCAUGGGCAUUCUUCGUCGUGAUUGUUCUCGUCACGUUUGUGGCUUGGCCGAUGCCCUUGUACCGCAACUACAUCUUUACCAAGUCCUUCUUCUCAAGUUGGACUACCGUUGCCAUUAUAUGGCAAUUCUUUGCGUUCUUCGCUGUAGUGGUGUAUCCCCUGUACGAUGGUAGGCAUGCUAUCGUCAAGGCAUUUCGAGGAGUCUGGAGGGCGAUUGGCAGGAAAUUUAACAAGGCAUGA